CUACACGAUGACCAAAUCCUCUGCCAUUCUCUUCAUCCUGGUUUUUUCAUUUCUCUUCAAGCUGGAGGAAGUUAAGGUGUCAUUGCUACUGGUGGUUCUGCUCGUUGCAGGUGGGCUCUCCAUGUUCAUCUGCAGGUCCACACACUUCAACACACAGGGCUUCAUGCUAGUGCUGUGCACCUCUUUCCUUGGGAGUGUUCGCUGGACUCGGGCACAGAUAUUUAUGCAGAAGGCCGGACUGGGUAUACUUGAGAACCCUAUUGACAUCAUGUUUCACCUGCAGCCGCUCAUGUUCCUGAGGCUCUUGCCACUCUUCGCAGUGUUUUAAGGCCUGCCUUUGUCCGUAUCAGAGAAGCUCUGCCAUUUCCAUAAAGCAGGAGUGCUGUUCUUUCUGGUAGGGAAGUUGUUCUUGGGUGGAAUUCUUGCCUUUGCUUUAGGCUUUUCUGAAUUCCUCUUGAUUUCCAGAACAUCUAGCCUCACCCUUUCCAUUGCUGGCAUUUUUAAGGAAAUCUGCAUUUUAUUCCUUGCCAUACAUUUCCUGGGAGACUGCCUCAGUCUCUUGAAAUGGCCAGGCUUUGCUGUCUGCCUGUCAGGAAUCUCCUUUCAUGUCAUUCUCAAAGCCAUAAAUUCCAAAGGUGACAAAGCUCUGAAGCUGCACAAAGAGGCCAUCUCUGACCCUGACUUGGAGCUAUGGCUGCACCACACAAAACAAGCUGAGGAGAAGGAGGAAGAGGAUGAUGAACGCCCCCAACAAGACUUGAAGGUGAAGCACAAAGGCCCCUGUUCUGUUCUUGCCAGACCUGCCUGACAGCUACCUAGGAGGAAGAUCCAAGAGCCUCUGUCUGUGCCCACCCAAAGGAGAGCCAAGGCCUGGCGAAGGUCCUGCUGUUCUGCCACAGUGUGGAUCUGCAGGUGCUGCACCAGAAGCACAUACUGUGCCUUUCACCAAGGGCAAACUUGGAAGAUGAGCCUGAGCCAUAGUUUGGUGGAAGCAGGAUGGCAUGGUGAGACGGGGAAGCCUAUUGAGGAAUCCUGAAGGUUGUAUAUUGAGAGUGUAGACCUGGCGCAAAAAAUCCUCGCCCAUGAACAGGAUCUCUAAAAGUGCAGGAUCUUCCUGCAGGUGGUCGUAUUUGUGCCAGCCAGGAGAGCAUACCGACUUGUCUGCCUUCAUGCAUGAACAAGACACCGUAUCCUGAGAAGACUUUUAGUAUUGUAGUUUUUUGUAGGAACCUUAUCUCUUUGCCCCAUUGGAUUGAAUUAUUGGGUGCUCCAGCCUUGUCCAGGGAAGGGGAAUGGUGCAAGAUUUAAGAUGUGUCUUUUACCUUCCUGCUAAGCCACAAGUGGUGCUCUCAAGGAUCACCUGGUCUACCUUUUCUUGGCAAAAGCACAGUCUAGACAAUCCAGCCCAGCGCCCUGUCCAGAUGAAUCUUAAGUGUCCAAUGUUGGGGAAUCCACCACUUCCCUGGGGAGAUUAUUCCAACUGCUUCUGAAGAAGAACACUUUUGAUGAUCAUCUUUUAUGAUGUGCUAAUAGACACUGGUGUCUUGCUUCAGAGCAGACAGCAGGUGGUGCAGCCACUUCAUAUAAAGCUAUCAAACUAGCAGUUCCAGUCUGGGCUGGCAGAUGAAGGGAUCUUGUGCGUUCAGUAGGAUGCCUGGAGCUGAGAAUGGCUUGGUCUACCCUAGCUGGAUUUUCCAGUAGCUGGGACUUGUGAUGCUUACAGCGGGAUUCACCCUGUUUACCCUACGGAUAGGUGUAAGCCCUAAGCACUGAAUACUCUCUACUUGAUGUGGGGCAGGAUGCUUUCUGCACGGAAUCUGUGUUUAGCUAUACUGCAGUGCUCUUUGCAUUUCACUUUCCGCUUUCCUGGAUCUGAACUUCAGGCGUUUUUCUACUGUACCACACACAGACUGGGAUUUCAGAUCCCUUUAAAUCCAAGGUAAAGGCAACUUUGUUCACAGGACAAGAUUUGCAUGAUAUACAGUGUUUGUAGAUGAAAUGUGAUUGUGUCAAUGCAAGUGCUUGUGAACUGUAGAACCCUGUAGUCUGUUGUUUCCAGUCUCAUUUCUUCUUUAAGAGAAGGGCAGUAUCCUAGGGCCUAGUGUCCACGUUUAGCUUUCCUGAUCUGGGCACAACUUUUGGAUGACAAAUGCGACACUGUCACUCACUUCAAUGAAGUGUGCUCGGAACGGCUUUUGGAACAAGCAGUUCUGCAUCCUUCCCUGGACAGUUACUUUCCUGCAUACCCGUGGGAGAUUAAGUUAAUGUGUACAUGGCUUUUCUACUGCUUUGAAAGUCCUUUGUUGUCUGUUUUGUGCUAGAACUACUCAGACCAUUCAGAUGAAAUGGCGUAUUGAUUUAAUAACACACGUGGGAUAGUGUAUUCCCUGCUGGCUAAAGCUCCAGAAUGUUUUCGCAAGAUCUAGAUUCAGUCAGGCUUACUAGAAUAAGGUGGGAAGGGGCAGCUGUUUCACAGCAUCUUCAGGGCUCAUUUGAUUUGAGGCAUAACAAAUUUGCAUGAUAACUCAUCAAAGAGAGAAGGAACAAGCCCCUAGGUGAGCAUAAUUGGAAAAUGCAAUUUCUUUUUGAGCCUAAAUCGCUUUGAGAGUCUUCCAGUGCUAGGACUCUUCAAAUCACCUUGCCUGUGAUUUAGCCGCUGAAUCUCUGUUCCAUUAGCUUCUCCUUUAACUGUUAGAUCAAGAGUUGUGUUACAAGCAGAGGUCCAUCUCUGUAAUAGCCCUGAGUCAGGUCUCUGCGGCAUGAAGGCUUAUGGUCUGGCCCCAGCAUGCUACAAAGAGGUGAGAAUAGACACUGUUCACCCUCAUUCCACAAGUGACCUAAACAGGAAUGCUAAACAUACAUACCCAGCUGUGUAUUAAAGACAUAGUUCUGCGCUUCGGUUGAAGAGAGGAUUCUUGGAGUCGUAUUGGGAACCAUGCAGCCUGACUGAUUUUGAGGGUCUGCUGCGGCUAGGGAUUCUUUUGGCAUCUGUGCAUCAGUGUGUUUGUCUGAGCAACAGUCCUGGAUCUAAAUUGCAUUCUCUAGCCUGGAGCAUUCCUGCUGAGAUACAUGUGCAUCUGCCUUCACAGAGCUGCCAUGGAUUCCCAGACAUGUGUGCAGGGGUAGCUGUAGAUCUGUAAUUUAAGAAUUGAAAUUUAUCUUCCUCACUGGCUUUCAAAGCUCCAGCAUGGAAGUUCGCAUUUAAAAACAGCAUAGUGUUGGGUAUAAAUGUCAUUGUUGCAGGUGACUGACUUUGGUUACCAAACAAUAAGCAGUGAGCAGCUCUGCUUAAGUCCUUUCAUCUUCCUGCCAUUAACUGGGCAAACAGAGGGGGCUUUUGCACUCUAAACUGUUGUUGAGCACUUGGUGUUGCCUGGGAAACGUGGAAUGAAAAUGAAAGGAUGCUAUUGUUUCUGGGUUUAUCUUGCUUUUGUAGCUGCUUCUGGUGAGAGCCUAAACUUUGCAAGGGAGGGAGCACAGUGUGUACCUUCUCCAUUCCCCAUAUCUCCUCUGCCAGCAUUGGUGUUCUUGGUCCAAGAUCUGCUUGCUCCACUUCUGUUCACCCACAUCUACUGUGUCUGUCUGCUCUGUGUCUCCUCCAGCACCAGCAGGAGCACCAAUGAUGGAGGAUGGGCGCAUCCUGUGAUUUGCGGAGAGUGGAACUUGCCACUCGGUGACCUGAAACCAGUCCUCCAUCACAAAUUUCAAGGCUCUGAUUAAAGAAGAUGCAGAGGUGAGGCACAGAGACAACAGAACAGGGAAGCAGUGUUGGUACUUUGGGGAAAUGGGCAAAGACUGAUGUCAAAGCAGUGAGGUGCAGCCAUCCUGUUGGCCAGAGCUGUCUGUCUCAGUUCUCUUCCCCUAUCCAUUGGACCUCUGAGCUUUCCAGAAACACUUCCAUUCCCUAUGUUUGGAAAAGCAACAACUUGGGGAUAGAGAGUCUGAUGAAUGCUUUCCUAUCACUUUCUGAACUUCCCUGCCACUUGUUCCACUCUGGACUGGAAACACUGUGUAAAUCUAACCCUGUGUGCAGGGCCUUGAAGAGGUCCCUUUGUGCCACAGUGUGGUCUCUGGGGUCUUCCCAGGAGGAGUGAUGAGGCUCAUUGGUUGUGCAGAUUGUUUUCUGAUGAGCCCUGAAUCAGAGGCUGCUCUAGGGAAUGCGAGAAGGAAUUUUCUGUACAGUCAGUCAUUGUGUGGCACCGUUUGGUUCUGCCCACCUUCCUCAGCGUCUGAAGGCUGAAUGUGCUGGAACCACUCGAGCACUGCGGUGCUGAGGACCGGCGUGUGCACAUGGCAGCACAGACACAGCCCCUUUGCUGGGGAAAGCACACACAUGUUCGUAUGUGCAAACCUUCCAUCAUCUGCGGGCCCACACGCACCCACCGACACACAGGAAAUAGGGCUGUGACUGAAUAUUGAUGGCAUUUCAGCUAAUUAACCAGCAGAAGCAAAACUGAGUGAAUCUCAGAGGCACUGCACUCCCGUUGCAAACUCUAUUCUUGCCUGUAAGACCAGGUGUUUAGGUCUGUGCUGAUUUUGCCCCCCUGCUCAUUCCCCUAGGAGGCCUCUUUAUCUGAAGAACAGAUACUUGGCUUCCUGCUGAAAUUUCAGUAUAGUGAACAUCCUGAGGGCCCAGGGGGAGGUGUCCUUGCAAACUCCUCUGCAUUCCUCUGGUCCUCUGCCCAGCAAACGUGGGAUCAUCAGCAAGCUUACUGUGGGAAAGCCAUCCUGGCUCCAAACCACACAGGAGCAGCAAGGCGGAGCGGCAGCACAGGGCCUGGUGUCCAGCAGUAGGGCUACCUCAAGCCAUGCUUCAUUUCUUGUUUCAGCUGAGGAUCUCUGUAGUUUUCAUUAUGUGGUUUGUGGUUGGUGCACAGUGAGAUGGGGAAAGGGGAGCUUGGGCUACAGGUGACUGGAGGUCUGGUUUACCCAGCUUUGGGCUGCAAAGGUCUUGCAUUCAUAUGUGAUCUUUGCAGUGGAAAAUAAUUGCCACUAGCUCUCUACCGCUGCUUCUGCAUGGAAGCUCGUGGUUUUUUUAUUGUUGGGGUGUGCAGGUUUUCAUGUUCACUGCCUUGGGUCUCUGCAGUCCAAGGCAAGUGUUUUCUCCAGCCUCCAAAUCUCAUUUGUAAUUAUUCUGCAAAUCCUGCGUUUUGUCAAAAUCCUUUUAGAGAUAUGGGCACCCUAUCCGAUUUGCAGCACCAUGCAGGGGAGAUCCUUGCCAACCUGCUCCCACUCAUUGCUUCCCAUACACGCCUCUGAGCUUGCUACCAGCACAUUACCUACUGAGGGUGUGUAGGAGGCAAAGGGUGCUCUGUGUAGAGUAAAAAGGACUCUGAUGUGGUCCUGUGAAAGACUAAUUUCCCCCCCCUACUUGAUGCUGGACCAGGUAGGUCAACCCUCUUUUCAUCACCCACUGAGGUUCUCCCAAGGCACUGUCUCUCCAGGUCAGCUGUUACUGGAGGAUAAAAGACCAAGGAGCAGCAGGUUUUUGCUGGGAAUUGUGCCUACCGUUGUCCUCUCCCUGUCAUCACUGCACUACCCCUUCCUGACUGUCACAUCACCCCCAGAAAGGCUAACAAAUGGGGUCUUUGGGCAGAGAAGAGGGAGCAAAGGCAGCUGACCAGGAAGGGUCAAGAAACUGGGCACAGGAAACAAGGAAUGUGGAUGGUUAGAGAUCACAGUCACAGAAUGGUUGAGGUUGGAAGAGACCUCUGGAGCUCAGCCUGUCCAACCCCUGUGCAAGCAGGGUCUCUCAGAUCUGGUUGUCCAGGACCAUACUCAGAUGCCUUUUGAGUAUCUCCAAGGAUGGAGACUCUGCAGUCUCUCUGGGCAACCUGUGUCAGUGCUCAGUCGCGCCCACAGUGAAAAAUCGUUUUCCUGAUGUACAGAAGGAACCUCCUGUGUUUCAGUCUGUGCCCCUUGCCUCUUGUCCUAUCCCUGGGCUCCACUGACAAGAGCCUGUCUCUGUGCUCUUUUCACUCUCCCUUCAGGUAUUUAUGUACGUGGACAGGUCCACCCCCAACCCUCCUCCAAGGCUGAGCAGUCCCAGCCCUGCAGCUUUUCCUCGUAUGUGGGGUGCUCCAGUCCUUUCAUCUCUGGCCCUUUGCUGGGCUCUCUCCAGCAUGUCCAUGCCUCUCGUACUGGGGAGCCCAGUGCCGGGCACAGCACUCCAGGCGUGACCUCACUAGUGCUGACCAAAGGGGAAGGAUCCCCUCCACUGAGCUGCUGUCAAUGCUUUGCCUAAUACAUCCCAGUAACAUCAGUAGCAUUUUCUGGAGGGCGUGAGUGCAAGAACUUGCCCUGUCAGGCACUGCAAGAAGGUUUGCUGGAAGCCCUACCAUUUUACCGUGUGCUUUCCAGCCCAGCAUAGCUGAGUAAUUGCUGUAUCUAUCAGAGCUCCUUGCAUUAACAGGCAGUAAUUGGCACCUGUGUUAAAGAGCCUGGUUUCAAUUACUGCUGAAUUGAAAGAGCAGGGAGAUUACACAGGGGGAGCCGGUACUGCUCCUGUUUACUCUCUGUCUUUCCACCAGGUGCUCCUCUUCUCCCAGCAAUGAAGCAUUUUUUGCAUUUCUUGCUGGUACCUUGAGUCUGCAAACCCACCAGCAAGGGCUGCAUGGGGAGUGUAACCGUGUGCCUCCCAGGAGCACAGGGAACAUGCUUGACUGGCACAGUGCUCAAGUCUGUUCAUCCUCACGUAGAUGUCUCAAAGCCUCUGCUGCAAAUCCUGCACUGAAUGGUGGGGUAGCGAGUUAUGGGAGGGAAUAGGUCUUUGUAGAUGGUGGUGUUCUCCCAGCCCCGUGCAACAGCAAUCCUGGGAGCUUUCUCAGACUCUUCCAUCAGCUUUCCAUCUCUCAGGCUUCCACUGCAUCAGCGUUCUGCUGUAUGCUGGGCCCAGCCCCCUUCUGCUGCCAUUCAUCAUUUCUGAGCCACUGAAUUACAGCACUGUUAAAAUACACAGGGAAAUAUUUUUCUGUAUUUUAGAGCCAUGAGCCCUUAAAUUUCCAUUUGUUUAGUGGGUGAUGAAUGGGCAGUUGUGGUUGGUGCUGGAGCCAUGCGGAGGGACGGGAGAGCUCUAACUACAGAGCAACUGGUGCUUGCUCCCGCAAGCUUUGCACCAAGGCUGCCUUACCAGUUUGUGAGGCAGUGGCUGUCUGGGGCUCUCCUUUCCCUCAGAAUUCCCUGGUUCAGUUCAUAAGAGGGAUCAAGGGAGGGGUUUGGAGAGGCUAAGUCAGAGUGGUCAGGCUUUAUUCCAGUGCUGCGGGAAGAGUUUUAUGUCUGAUAUCUGGAAUAGGGGAGGGAUGCCAGGGCCAGAGCAAUCGAUUUUGCUACAGAAGCAGGGCUGGGAGUCUCAGCCCUUUGACUGCCUGAAGGACGUUCAGACAGUGGAUAGGAGUCCUGACAUCAGGAAACAGAGAUAACUGGAGAUCCUCAUCACAGAGUGAGGGCAGUGGAACAAGGAAGAGGGCUGGCCGCAGGCAUCUGGGGAAAGACCGCUGUUAUCCAAGGAAUGCUGUAGCUUAGUGGCUUCCCAGUGGUGGGAGAAAGUCCUGCAGGAUGCUGGAAGUUAGGUGGCUCUUGUAAGAGAACCACUGCUAACAGCAAAGUCCAGGAUUGCUGGGAGCGGACACCAACCAUCCUUGGGAAGGCUGACCCUCAGAAUACAGCGACGGGGGAAGACACAACGUGUUCAACACAGCAGCUGUUGCCCAGUGCUGAGAAUGGCCCUCCUGCGGACAGUGAGGUUAGUUACCACUGAUCUGUAUGAGCAAUAAUAAAUGCCUGAUCUAAGCCUGCGCUGCCGAUGCAUUUAACUUUUUUUUCACCUCUUCCCUGCCUCUUCAGGCCACUGCGAAAAGCCUGUGAGAGGCCCUUAGUUCUAUUCUCUCUGCAGCACAGUGCAGCAGCCGUUCUGCUGACCUGCACUUUCAGCACUUGCAUAAGUGGCAGGAGUAGGCACAGAAAGAGUUAAACAGUGCUGGAAAAAUUGGUAUUUAAUCCAUUGCUGUCCCUUCUAGCAAACCUAGAUGGGAAAAUGCCUCCCUGUUGGAAAUAGCACCUCUCAGAAAUGGAAAUGCAGGAUGGCUGGGGAUUAGGGUGCCUAUCGCUGGAAAUGGGUUUCUUAUCGUCUCUGAGCUGAAUUGGUGGGACAGCCUCUGAAAAUUGAAUUGCCUUCCCCGUUUCUGUCUCCGCCAUUACAUUCCUCCUGUGCUCUAGGUUUGCACCUGCCUUCCAUCCUCAGCAGAGCAGGGGCUGCCUCUGAGGGGGUGCAUGUCUGUGGAGAGAGACUGUUGUGGCUGGAAGGUGGGCAGGACUGACUGCAUCUGGAAAGAUUCAUCCUUUAGAUUGUCAAGGCCAGGAGGAUGUAGUCCCUCUUUCAAGCUUUCUUCUGAGCUUGUGAGGACAGUGGUGGCCUGGUGGAGCCUGGCAGCAUGAGUGGAGGUGUGGAAUGAUCAGAAGACAUCAGGCACAACUGGAAAUGAGAGCUGGUAAAGAGGAGCUGGGCGUGCAGCAGUGGGAAGGCAGAGGGGAAUAUGAGAGUAGCUGGAACAGAUCAAAGAGAGACCAUGUUGAACACAUCAGAGCAGGAAUGAGAAUGACUCUCUGUGAGACUAGGAGCAGCCUGAACCCUGGGUCUUUGCUGUACCAGGUGGAGGCAUCUCUUUCCCGUCAGCACUCGGGCUCUGUUCUGGGUUGGCCAAGGUGGUUCUUUCAGUUUCUCCUCACGUUCUCCAUUUGUGGUUUGAAACACCACAAGCACUAGCCAGGGAGUAUCCAGCUCUGCACUGGCUCCAGGUGUUCCCAUAGAGCCUGGGUAGUUCCCUGCUCCUUUGGCCCACACCAGAUUUGGCUGAAUACAGACUGAACGCUUCCUUGCUGUGCAGACUGCAGGCUGCAGCCGGGGCUGAGGGUGUCCAGGCACAGUGCCAGGGAUUUGUUUCCAGGGUUUGGGAUAAAUGUAUUUUGCCAAGCUGCGUUUUACCAUAGGUUGACAGUACCUGAUUUUAUCCUUGUCUUUGUCACAGUGCAUUUUUGUGGAGGAGUUCCCCAUCUCUGUUAGAGUCACGUGUGAGCCAUAAGCACAAGAGUUGCUGAGCGUAGACCCAUCAAUGUCUUUUUAAUGCACCAACCUGCAGACAUGGUGCUUCACCAGCGUAUGGCUGCUGCCCUUGAUUCUUUGUCUGCCAGAACGCAUUGAGUUUGAAAAUAAAAAAUACUUAGGACUAAUGGGAAGGGUUUUUUUGCUGCUCUUACAGGGUUACCAUCCAUCAUGGAUGGAAUCUGAAGCAGAACUCUCUUUCAGAAUGGCCCCUCUGUACUGAGCCAGAAUGCAUGUAGUGAUUGCUGGCCAUCAGAGCCAGCCCUGAGCCCAGCGCCUGGUUUCUGUUACAAGAGCAUGCUGUGCUAAGGUUGCAGGGGCUUGCUGUCUGCCCUGCAAAAGAGUAGAAGUCCUUCCUUCUACCUACAAUAUUGUUCUUGCCCUUUGUGGAAGGACAGAUUCAAAUUAUCAACAAAUAAUAGGAAAAAGGUUACCUUUAAUUGUGCAAGUGCUUCUUUACGUGCUGAGGGGCAAAUGCAGCCACGUUGAGCUGCAUCAGAGGCUGAGGGGCCUUUAUUUCUGCAGCAAAGGAGGUUAUGGACAAAGGCAUUAUGUUAUUUGAGGGACCCUGUUAAAGAGCGAAUUCCUGGAGUGGAGUGCAGACUUGCUCAUUGAUCCGUAAGGAGCAUCCACACUUGCGUGGGAGGACACACUGUUUUGAUAGGUGUGGUGCAGGCUCAAGCUGAAGUGGUGGCCUGGAAAGCAGGGACAGGAUGCGGGCAGACCAGUUGCAGCUACAGAGCAAUUCUUAAUGCAGUUUUGAAAUGUUUCCCCUGUUUCCAGCCCUGCAUGCUUCUGCGCAGCGUCCAACCUGCCCACGGCCCCGUGCCUGGGGUAUGGAGCUAUGGAGUAUCCCAGGAGUAUUUUGUGAGGGAGUUGUUUCCCCAGCUCUUGGUCCUGGGUCCUGUCCGCUAGUGUCCAGGUCCACCUGCGUGCAGGCACAGGAGCAGGCUUGGUGGGGCCAGCACAGAGCUGUCCCCGUGUCCCCUGCGGCUGUGAAGGGUCACCUAGCUGGGCACUGCUGUGGCUGGCAUGGAUGCGUGUUUUGCACUAUGGGACCAUAAGAGCCCCUGCAUGUGAUUGUGUGUUUUAACAGUUUAUCCAAGGCAACUCCUGUUUCAUUUUGGGUUAAAACGGAAAAAUCAAGGUGACUUUGGGGAGAGAAAUAAUUCCUUUCCAGGAUUUGCAUAAUCCUGGCUGGUGAUAUGAUAAUGGUGUUUGUAAAGACAGAACACAAUGAAUUAAUACUGUUAAGUUGCUGCUGCAAAAUGCAAAGCAGGUAAUUUACUGAGGGUGCAAGGAGGAGUGUGAGUACAGCAGGCAAGGCAGUGGUAGCGCUGGGCACAGGAGACUUGUUGCCACAGGCAGGGCCAGGGUAUAGCCCACACUCAACAGCAGUUGCCCCUUACACUCUGCUUGGCUGGGCUAGAGGCAGUGCUGAGCUUGUCCAGGGAAGGAUCACCUGUUUCAGUCCCUUUGCCUGCUCUCUCUGUGGAGCUGGGACCUGCUUUGUCCCCCAGAUCAUUCCUGAGAGCCAGCCACUCAGGAUCAGUCCCUGCUGGAGGAGGGAUAGGGAGCCGAGUGUGACCUGUAUCGUGCUGAUGCUGACAGGACCUGUGGGUACAGAGGUGCCCCGGUGGAUUUCAGUGAUGAGAUGGGCCCUGGCACUGCACUUCAUGCCACCUUGGCCAACCCCACCAGCGAAGAGACUUUGAUACUAUUCAGCCCCUACAAGGUUUUCCUGCCCCUGUGAAGAGUGCAGGCUCUGUGGUAGAUAAGUCAACCUGGAGAUGUGCUGUCUCUAACUCUGGUCCUCAGCUUUCACCCUGAGCAGCCAGGCUUAACUGAGGGAGUGGUGCUGCGGUACGAGCAAGGAGGAAGGGUUGGUAGAAGUGGGGAGAGGGGCUUGGGAAAGGCACACUGGUGCCUCACUCAUUCUCUGGGCUGGUGCUGCAGUUCCAAAGCCAUUCUUGCCUGUCAGACCCCACUGGAAUCCUAAUGCACCGUUUAUCUCUGCAGCUCCCCAGCUCUAUCAGAGGGAAAUGCUGUGCAGGAGCCAGAAGCAGGAUUUCAAACUAAUUGGAUUCUGUGUCUCCGUGGUUUCCCGUGUAGGCAGGCGACAGGGAUUAGUGCAGUGUUUCUGAGGAACAGAGGAGAGUGAGGCUGACCUGCAUAGGGAUUUCCUCCUGCUGCUGCUUUCAGCAAAGGACUUCUUUGGACAGGCGGUUGAGGUGGAAGGGCCCAAAGCAGCAGGUCCCCCCUCUGUGGCAGCAUCACUGUCUGAAUCACUUGUGCUCUUCCUAAAUCUUUCCGUCAGAUGCAGUCACCAUCCCAGGGCAGGAAAGGGCUCCAGCACCUCCUGAACCUAAGGAAGACUGACAACGGUCUGGGCCCUCCUGCUAAUUCCAUGUUAAUGAGAGAGCUGGUGGCUCCUGCACACAGCCAGCCGGCUGCCUGGGUCUGCUCCCCUUUCCCACCCCAUCUCCCUUACCUGGCCGAGCUACUGACUGGGAGCAGCACACACCUGAACCUUCUCCCUUCCCCUACGUUCCUAGCCUUGUUAUAGAGCCUGUUGGGGCGGGUGCAGGAUUCACCUCAUUAACACAGAUUUAUGCCUAUAUAAACAUUUCAUUCCUUUAAUUGCAAGGCAGUCCUACUGCAGGCAGCAGCGGAAUGGCUCCAUUUGCUCUGGGUGCUGAGACAGUGCAGCAGGUGUGUGAGCCAGCAGCGCGGCACACGGCUAAGCGCACAGCUCUGACGUGUGGUGGGGUCUGCGCGUGGAACUGUGUGCAGGGCAGUGCAGGGUCAGCCGGGCUGGAUGAGUGCAUGGCCGUACACAGCACACUAUCCCCUCAGGUCUGUGGUAGGGAAGGAGUAUUUCCCUCACUGUGCAAUACUACUCUAAGCAGCGGUAACAGAGCAUUGGCCAGGUCCACAUGUCAGCAGUCUCUUUGCCUGUGCCAGCAGAGUGAUGCACACACGGACACAGUCACCUCGCUAUGCACCCUGAAAGCUGUCGGGGUGCUGGGUGUCCAGUGUCUCUGCUGUGCUGAGGGACAGCCCUCAGGCACUUGGUUGGUGGGGUGGAGUCCUGGGACAGCAAGAGAGAGGUCUGGUCUUCUUGGCUUCUCUGGGUGAUGAGGUCUGCUUGGGGUCACUAUUUCAUGGCUCCUGGCACAGCAACACAGGAUCUGUGAUUUGUGGAAAAAUGUGUUCCCCGGAUCUCAUUGCCUUGCCAGAUUCAGUGCUUGCUCAGACAGCACAGAGUGAGACACGCACAAAGCUGAGGGUUGGGAGAGGGUCUGAGCCUUCCUAUCUCCUCUGAGCCAGACUGAGGGGAAAUGCUCCCAGCACUGGGGCCAGGGAGUGAUCCCUUAAGGAGAGCUGGGAUGUGGCCUGUUCCUGCCCUUGUUGCUUACUCCCCAUGGCCCUACCAAAAUGCCACCAUCUCCUGAAAGCUCCCUGGCAGCCCCGUCCUGGCAAGAGGGCAACUCUGGGGCCCCGCUCAGUGAGGUGAUGGUGCAGGAGGAUGUACCCAGUCAAGGGGGAUUGCUGGGCAGGGGUGGCAGGUGCUUGCCCAACCUGCUGCUGCAGUGCAUGGUCUCUAUUCUCUCACAUUCUCAUCCAAAUGUUAAUUUUAUGGAUGCCUUUGUGAGGCUUGCAGCUUUUCCCUCACAGGCUACAUAGAUUUCAUGUUGUUGAGAGGUGACGCUUCUGGCCUUUGAUACCAGGCUCUCCAUAUUAACUCGCAAUUACUCUGCUACUCCUUCCUCUAAUUCCUUCUGUGCCAUCUGAAAUCCUAGGAUGCUGAAUAAGUGCCUCAGCUGCUGGCAGAGCCACAGGCUUGGGACAGCAACAGCCGGAGACAGCCUCCCAGGUGGAACAACUGCAUGGUUUCCAAAUUGUGAGCUGCUCCUCUCCUGCUUGCCAAGAAGAUGGAGGUUUGUGCCUUCUCUGUUAGACCUAGCAAUUUGGAGAGAUGCCUGUACCUCACCUCUGAGACCCUUCUGUAUGUGCUGAGCAGGGGACACCUGUGAGUCUGCCAGCCACGCAGCGUAUUGAUUUGCCAGGCUGAAAGGAAAGGCGUUUCUCUGUUUGCUGUGAGACAGCCUUGCUGUCAACAGGCCUGGAAGAACAUGUUGAGGUCAUUCCAUCAAUGUAAAGGUUAAAUGUUCAGCUGCAGCUAUUGAAAACACAGUAACAGCGGCAGCAACAGCAAAAGAUUUGGAUGCCUUAUCAAUGCUUCUGUUUAAGACCUGCAUCAACGCACCUAUCAGGUAUAGUGCACUGAGGUCCUCCCUGGGCGGUGCCCUGUGUCAAGAGUGCUGCCUCUCAGCACUUUUUCACCUCUGGGCUGCUGUGCAACAGCUCAGGCCCACUUCAGCCCAGUUGAUGGCUUUGCAAAAUAGAUUUUUGGCCUAAAAUUUUUGCCUGGGGAUUUUGAAGAAGUGUCUGAUGGUUUAAAGCAUGUCCAUACAAUUUAUGCUCUCUCUGCUGAUCAAGAGGGCCUCUUUAUGUUGUAGCCUUACUUUCAGCCACUCAGCUUCUAUGAGAAUGCCAGUGACCUACUCAAAGAGUUAUUUGUGUAUAGGUCUUCUGUUGAGUAAAUACGGGCCUGAAAGAGUAAUUUUUCUACCCUGCGCAUCUACUGUUGCAGUAAAUCUGUAGAUUUCUCAUGCAUUUAACGUGUUAUUUUGCAAAAACACACUUUAUAUUUUAGCACUGUAAAGCAGGGUGUCUUUUGGACGGCAUGGUGCGCAGCUUUCAUGGCUUCGUAACAACGUAUUACUAUCAGAAAAAAAAACCCAACUAAAACCUCAUCAUGAUGCAAUAUGUUUAACGAUUCCUUUCCCUCUUCCUGUCACAUUUAUGGUCAUGUCACAGCAACUAUCCUGCUGCCGGGCCAUUGCCUCUGGAGUCCAGGCUCACCCUUUGGACUCCUGUGCCUAGAAGACCUGCAGAGUCUAAGGUAAACACCAUGUAAACUUUCAAGAUAGGUCAGAGGUCCUGCUCCAUGCUUAUUCCUUCCUGUGCUCUGUCUCUCUGUGUGCUUUUUCUUGUCACCCUGUCUGCCCAGGGUUGGAGCUCUUCCAGGCUCUUGAUAGCCUUGUGUCGCUGCCAUCGGGCCCUUUGUGCUUCAGCUGUGUUCCAGUCAAACUGGCCGGCCCCAGUGAUGAGGGAAGCUGAGCAGACUGAUCCAUUGCAGGGAUUUAAUGGAAAAGCUCUGUGGGGAGCAGCCUUGUGGCUCUGCUGACUCAUAAACUGGGCUCCUGGGUGAUGCCGUGGCCCCGAGCUGCUGCGCAUCAGCCCAGCCACAGGGUGCAGCCGCGUGAGGUUGGCUCUGGCGUGCAGGCACCCAGCGAGCACCCAGAUCCCAGCUGAGCUGUCACCUCAGCGGCAGCAGCAGAUAGAUGUGGAAAGCCUUUGAAUUCAACGCAUGAUCAAUACUAAACUGAUCUUCUGGAGUCUCUUAUGCGAUUACCCCAGCCUCAUGCAUCCAAUUGUAAAAAAAUCACUCAGCACACUAGGGAGAUGUGGGAAACGCUGCAGACACCAUUUAGGAUGCACGGAGCUGGAGUAAGUGACUUCACAAUUGUUUCUUGAAGUAAAUAAUUCAUCCACUUUACAUUUGGUUUUAUUGCUACCCCACGCCCCUGCCUCAGUUGCUUUCUAACAGUUUCCCUCUCUUGUCCUGAAAUGCCUGUGCUGGGUAGUUUCUGUCAUGAUUUCCUACCACACACACGUGUGGUAUCUGUGGUGUGUGCUUGUACACACAUAGAGUGAUACAAAUCUGUCCCAGCCCAACUGUUACUGAUUCCUGUGCCAGGAAGAGCAGUGCUGGAGUAGAGACAACGCUAUUGCGCUGCUGCUUCAUGUCACGGAACAGAUCUGGGCUCAGUCCGGGCAUUGGCUGGGCUUUGCCACCUUGGUCUCUGCCCCAGUGCUGCUUUCAUCUGGUGCCAGCAUGUAGAACUCUUUGGAAUGCAUUAGUGAUGCUAAUAGCUUUUCUAUACUAAUUGGUAAAGCCAUUUGAACAAACUUUCUCUUAUGACACCAAUUAUCAGCCAGCCAGGUGCAGAGCAGGGGCUGCAGCUGAGACACAGGGAGCAGCAGUGAAGGGGUAGAAUGCUGCCCUGGCGCAGGAGCAGGCCGUGGUGGGCUCACCUCUGCUGCUCAUCUGGAAGCCCAGGGCUUCAUCGCAUGGUCAGAGCCAGGAGAGACAGGGCAGCCGCUGGUGUGUGGGGCAUGCCACAUCUGGGCGAUGGGGUCUGGUGGGCUCUGCCUUGAUCACGCAUGCUCCACUGUGUGGGCUCUGGUGGACUGGCUAAACCAGGCGCCUCGUGGGUCAAUGCAGGUUGCUACAGCUGCUGGAAGCAGAUUGAUGGGAAUCCCUGCCAUGGAAUGAAGGUUAUCUGGCCCUGUCAGCUGAGGCAUGGCUGUUAUAUGCAUCUCUGAAGCCCUUGGCAGCAUGCUAGCUCUUGGGGCAUCCUGGAUAGUUUGUGGAGAGAACAUGUGGCAUGUGUGUCUGAGCUGAAAAUCGUUGGAGUCUAGGAAAAGCAUCAGGAAGAGCAUGAGACCUGCUUACCCUGUCCCUGUUCUGCUACAGUGGCCACUCUGGAGACACAUGCUGUGUCUAGAAGACUUGGCACACAUUUUUGUCUCUCCUUGUGGAAAUGAUUUUGGCUGCAUUUGGAGCCCUGCAGACACCUUCCUGGGAGUGCUCUCAUUUGCACAGGUGGGUGCUGUGAGGCUCUGAUCCCACCUCUGGUCGCUGUGAGGGGCAGGAGAAUUGAGAUCAUGGUGGCUGUCGUCUGACCUGAACUGCAUCUUCAGGAAUAGCUCCUCCUUUUCAGACGUUGCCCAGUCUUCUCCACUGGCUCUUUUAACACUCCUUCCAGCAAGGCAGCAGGUGACCUUUUGGAGAGAAACGAUCCCAGCAUCAAUAUCAUAUUUUGCGUGCUAUCUCUUUGGUUUCUUUAAGUAUGGGCAAAAUUCAGAGUUAUUCUAAUGUUCUGUUCUAAGAGGUGCCAGCCAGAUCCUGCCAUCUGGGAGGCAGUGGGUACUCCGGCUUCAGAAUCCCUGAAAGGCAAAGGGGCUUUUGUUGUAGUGCCCUUCAGGGCAGUGCUGGGCACUGGGCUGUUGAGGGCUGGUGUGUCUCAGGCAGAAGAUGCUCUGCCCAUUUCUGACACUGCUGCUCCUUGCGCAGGGAUCUGUCUGCAGAGGGGCUGCCCUUCAGUGAGGUGUGAGUGCGGGGCCCUCA